AUGUUCGCCAACGUUUUCUUCGCCACAGCCCUUCUUCUCGGUGUCGCCACGGCAUCCCCUCUUAGUGAAGAUCCCCUCCAGGGCCGCACCUUUGAGCCCAUUGAGUGGGAAGUCCAGGCCACACCCGGCGGCGAGAUGAUCAAGAUGAACGGCACCGUCGAGGCCGUCCACGAGCAGCUGCUUGCCAUCAACCCCAACUACGAGGCCGAGUUUGCUGCACUCGAAAUAGAGACUCCUGCCGCGGAGGAGGAACACGCCCUCGCGAAGCGAACCGACUUCAGCACCUCCAAGCUCAACUGCUUCGGCCGCUGGCGCGGUGCCACCACCAAGGAGGUCCAGGAUGGCAUAAACUACCUACGCAAGGUUCCUGGACGUCCUACCAACGGCCCUGGUCCCGGAAAUUGCGGUCGUGUGAGCUGCUCUUGGAACGCUGCCAUUUCCUGGUGCAACGAUACUCCUAACCCCAAGACACUUGCCAGCUACGGCUCCAUUGCCGACGGAGCCGCCUGGAUCAAGGCCUACUGCCUCUCUGGUGGCGACUUUGCUUUCACCGCCGGCCAGAUCUUCCACCCAACUGGCUGGAACGUGAUUGUCUACAACUCUGGUCCUUGCAAAUAA